AUGGGCACACAAACUUGUGAAUCGUUUCCGUAUCAACCUCUUGAAUCCGACGAGCUACGCUUAUUGAAUGUCGAGGCUGGCGACAACGACUUGAUAUGCGUUGAGCUCAAGACUGUUAAAUCCCGCACACCCCAAAACUUCUGGGCCUUGUCUUACGUCUGGGGGGCAAGAGAAAACCCUGCCACUAUCCUUCUCAAUGGGCAGCCAUUCAGCAUCACGAGAAAUCUAUACAAUGCUCUCUAUCAGUAUCGGCGUCAUGUGUUUGACGGCUACGACAGUGACGCUAGGGCAUUGCUUUGGGUCGAUGCCAUUUGCAUCAACCAGAAUGAUCAAGUUGAAAAGUCAAUUCAAGUUCCCCGCAUGUCAGAGAUCUACGGCCAAUGUGAGCGUGUGUUGGCUUGGUUGGGCCCGGUAGAGAGUGAUGAGGAAAGUAACGUCUGCAGAUUGGCUGAGUGUCUGAAGCAGUUUCAGUCACCUGCAGAUUCUGUCAGUCAAGACCUUACCGAGGAUGAUCGAAUCACAGCAUUUAUGAAGUCUGGGCGUUCUGACGAAACAGCCGCAGCCGAGGUUGAGUCUGCCCGGAAGGCUUUGAAAUCCAUCGGCCAUCGUCCAUGGUUUCGACGCAUUUGGAUUCUUCAAGAGGCCGUCUUAGCCCAGAAACAGCCGAUUUUGCUUUGCGGCUCGUAUGAGCUAGGAUACGAGAUCUUCUUCAAGACUUGGGUCUUGAUGUUGAAUCCAUCUGAGGAUGGACAGCUGCUUUACUCAUUCAUGGCGGAGAACCCAGUUAGGUUCAAAGCCAUUGAGCUGGUAUACAAGAAUAUUCUACAGGCCAGAAGUGAAAAGGCUAUAGAAAAAGCAAAACCUACAGUGGAUCAGGAAAAGCAGUGUGCUCUCGACAUAGUGAAGCUGUUGAAUGAGACGACAGAAUUGGAAGCUACGGUUGCUCAUGACCGUUUAUAUGCCCUCAUUGGACUCUUGGCAUGCGACCCCUUACCGAAGGCACUCCAACCAGAUUACACCCAAUCCUUUGAAGAACUAUGCUAUAAAUUCACAAUGUUCAUUCUCGAACAGACUCAAGAUAUCCGCGUGUUGAACUUGGGAACUGUCGGCACCUUUUCGACCGUACCAUCGUGGGCGCCAGAUCUACGAAAUAGCUGGACAGCAAGGUCCAAUCUGACCCAUAGCCCUGGGAAGUGCUUCAAUGUUUCCGAGGAUGGCAAGAUUCUAACCAUGCCGGCAAUUGUUCUUGGUCAAUGUGUGUCUGUUUGCAAGCCUGUCACGCCGGAUCCCGGCACGGGCAUUGCCUCGCCAUCAGCACUACUGCAUUUCGACGAGGCUAUAGUCAAAGUAGCGGCAGCUAUCAGAAGGGUUACACGUAUGGAAGUCAUGAAUGAAUGGCUCAAGUUCCAUCUCGCAGACAUCUACACAGAGGAGCGAUUAACUCAAAACCCUAUCAUUGUGCAGAGAGUCAUGAUGGCUUAUGUAUGCAUGGUGCACAAUCAACCACUCUCUUCACUUGGCACAAGAUUUGGAACAGAAGAACAGUUGCAAGGUGCUUAUGGAAUGGUAACAGAUCCCAUCAUUCAACGAAGCAUGGUUGGCUGUAGCAACUUUGUGCUACAAGAUGGAACGGCAGGACAGUUACUUCACGGUGACGCUGGGGCAGCUGUUGGGGAUGCGAUCUGUGUUUUUCCAGGCCUUUCGACUCUUUUUCUUAUACGAAAGAACGAUGAUGGAAAGUGUAAAAUCGUUGGGCAGGUUUCUAAAUGGGAGAAUAUUGGGGCAGGUUUACCUGUGGAUCAGCUGGAGAGGUAUCGUCGGUCAUUUGAAGGAGCGCACGUGGGAAGAGAAACUGAGCAUGGCGCUAGAAUGAUAAGCCUUGUCUAA